UCUUUGCUUCGGAUUCAAAAAAAUUGGGUUCUUGUCUAUAAAAAAAAACGGAAAUCCCACCUCUCACAAUCUACAUGAAGCACGGACGGAACCCUUCCACUUAACAGACAGAACCCUUCCACUACUUGCCUUUGCUUUUAGCCUAAGAACAAUAAUAUAUACAUACUGUUAUUAUUAUUAUUAUUAUUAUUAUUUAAUUAUCCUGAAGAUUAUUUAUUAGAAGCAAGGAAAAGAUGGAAAUGAAUCGGAUUUAUGAGGAUUUGGCUAAGCAUCAUGUGAUUCUUAUUUCUUUUUUCCAUGAUAUAAACGGUUCCAUUCAUAUUCAUCUUGUUUUUCAGGCUCAAACAAGUGUUUAAUUCACCUUGUACCCUCUUCACAAAGUUAAAUUUUUGAAAGUUCCAAGUCGGAGAAACCAACAAAAUGGGGGGUUGAGGAAUACCCACUACUUGUUUUUCUAUGCCCGUGCCAUUAGGAGUAGAAUGAAGGGCCAUUUUGAGUUUUUCUACAAGUUCAUCUCGAUGUGCUCGAAGAAAACUGGUUCAAAGAUAUUUUGAUGUUCUGAUUGAAGGUUGAAAAGAUCAUCAAAGAUUGGAUCUUUUUUGUACUUGAGGGAGGUUAUUGGGAACUGAAAGAGUUAUGAGUUGGUAGUGUUCUUUUGCAAAGAUCUGAGUGAAUGGAACCUCCUACGGGGUUUUGUGCUUCCUUGUGUAGCUUCAUACGCUUUCUUCCUUUCUUCAUUGGGCUUCUGCUUCUAGGCACCAUCAAAGGUGUCCUGUUUUGCCCUUUGAUAUGCAUGAUAAUGACAAUUGGAAACUCUGCCAUCAUACUCGGACUUUGGACAGCACACGUUGUUUGGACAUAUUACUGCGUUGUGAGAGCUAAACAAUUAGGGCCUAUUCUGAAGCUUGUUAUCUGCACAUGUGUACUACCAGUGCUGUUGAUUUCAUCGCCGCUAGUUGGUAUUGUUGGAAGUAUUGUUGGUGGAGCUGCCUAUGGAUUUCUUUCACCAAUAUUUGCCACUUUUGAAGCUGUAGAGGAAGGAAAAGAUGAAAAUUUUUUCCACUGUUUUAUUGAUGGUACCUGGAGCACUGUUGAAAAGAGCUGCAUGGUUGUCAGGGAUGUAAAAGAUGUUUGUUUUCAUUCUUACUUCUCAGUUAUGGAUGACCUGCGACAAAAAGGACCUCCUAAUGCAAAAUACUAUGAGAUCAGGUUGCUUUAUCUUCCUGGUGCUUUUAUAGCUGCAGUUAUUGGAAUCAUUGUUGAUGUGCCAAUCAUAUCAUUUGUUGCCCUAUGCAAAGGCCCUUACAUGCUUUUUAAGGGGUGGCACCGAUUGUUUCAUGACCUUGUUGGCCGUGAAGGCCCUUUCUUGGAGACAAUAUGUGUACCUUUUGCUGGUCUUGCUAUCCUUCUGUGGCCAUUGGCUGUUGCUGGGGCAGUUUUGGCAUCCAUGUUAGCAAGUUUCUUUCUUGGUACCUAUGCAGGGGUUGUUGCUUAUCAGGAGUCUUAUUUCUUGUCGGGCCUUUGGUAUGCUAUCGCAGCUUUGGCCAUUUAUGAUGAAUACAGCAAUGAUAUUCUUGACAUGCCAGAAGGAACGUGCUUCCCUAGGCCUCAAUAUCGUAAAAAGGUUGAUUCAUCACAAAGAACUUCUCAUUCAAGUUCCAUCUCAACACCCAGCUCCUUCCGAAAGGCUCCUUCUCGCACGUCUUCAAUGAAAAAUAACAUUGCUGAGUUGAAAUCAUUUGAGCUGUUGGAUGGCUUAUUCAAGGAAUGUUUCCGCGUAGGAGAAAAAAUGGUUUCUGAAGGUCUAAUUACAGGAAAUGACAUAGAAGAAGCCAAGUCUGGUAAAGGGAGUAGAGUUAUUAGUAUUGGUCUACCAGCAUAUUGCCUACUCCAGGGACUCUUGCGUUCUGCAAAAGUCAACUCCAUGGGUAUAGUGAUUAGCGAUGAUACUGAACUAACCACCACAAACAGACCAAGGGAGAAAUUUUUUGAAUGGUUCCUUAAUCCCCUUUUGAUCAUUAAAGAUCAAAUCAAAGCCGAAAAUCUUUCUGACUCGGAAGAGGACUACCUCUGCAAAUUAGUUCUCUUGAGUGGUGACACACACAGAUUGAAAAAUUCAAACAUUGGCCCGGCCCCUGAAUCUGAGCUCAAACGUGCAGAACUCGAUGCAUUGGCUAGAAGACUGCAAGGGAUCACCAAAUCCAUGUCGAGGUUCCCAACCUUCAAGCGUCGCUUUGAUGAUCUUGUAAAAUCACUAUCCUAUGAUCUUGCUGAGAAGAGUGGAGUCCCAACAAUGACCAGAUCAAAGAGUGCCUUUGCUCGGUUGGUUACUUUAAAAUCUUUCAAAGGGACUGGAACCAAUGGGUCUAGUCAGGGAUCAGAACAUUUAUGAGAUGAAGAAAAUUUUUCACAAAAAUACCCUAUUAUAUAUAUACUAUUAACCUCCCCUCACCCAAAAAAGUAAAAUGUUACAGGUGUAUUCCACAGUUUCAUUUUGGACAGAAAAUUACGUCCCUGAUGAUAGUUCUAAUAUCUGACCUUGUCUACUCUACAUGUACACAAUUCUGAUACACAAAUGAACAGGAACAUAAGCAUAUUUGAGCAAAAUGCUGCCACAUGCAACUCUCGGCUGUUGUAGACUCGCCUAGCGUUGUCAUCAUGUCUUCUUAGAUCCCCGGGUGCAUUGAGAAAUGUAUCUAGAAUGAACUGUUACUUUUAGCAUAAGAGUAACACCAGUAGUAAUAUAUUCUUUUUAAUACACUCUUCAAUAUACUUUGUUGUUCUUAAAAAAUUGAUUAAUUUAUAUUAUAUUAUAUUUGUUGUCAUGAU